UUGUUUGUUUAAACCUAGUGGUUAUGUGCACUAUUCAUUGUACAAAUAAUUAGGUACAGUGCUUAUCGUUAAAAUACUAUACAGUACAUUUAGUUAAUAGAGCAACAUUCAAUAUUUUUAGAUAAAAAUAAUAAUCAAAAAUUGGGAAAUAGCAAAAAGGUGAUGAAAAUGAAGUAGAGUAGAUGAAUUAGGAUAUGCAAAUAACCUACUGAUUUCGGUUAGUAUAAAAUCAUAACAUUUCCAUAAAAUUGUAUCUAAUAAAUUAGAUUCGUAACCAUUUCUUUCUUCUUGUUAAAUUUACUUGAUACAGUUUUAGAUUAGUCUAAUUCUUCCAUCGAUCCUCAAUACAACAUACUUAAUUGUUUACGCGGGUGAUAUACUUCAUUUUCCCAUCAUUUUUGACAAUUUCCAUUCGAUAAAUCCGAAAAGGAAAAGUUCAUUCGUUUCGUUAAUUAUUAUAGUUAAAUUUAUCAACAUUUCGAUCCACCUAAUCCAAAAUGUGCUUCCUCGUGACCGUAACGUUGAUGACCUACUGCAUACGAAAAGCGACGACCGGCAGCUGUAUGAUGGAAAUGUGCAUUUUAACCUUCUUAAUUACACUACCCCUAGUUGUUAUAAUCACCGCACUCUACUUCACGGUACCCUAUUUCAUAGAAGACGAGGACGCCGAAGACGCCCAAAAAACACCCGUUUCCCCCUGCGACCCCACGCGCGUUUUAGGCCUAAUAGAGCGCGUCUACCCGGACUCCGAUCAGUUUAAAUUAAAAUGCAACGGCUUGAAUUUCGGCGAAAAUUUAGGAGUACUCCUUACCGAAUGCUUCGAUACGUCGGAGCCCGUACCCGAUAAGCACUACAUCACCAGUAAAUCGAACUUUUGGUGCGAGAACAGCAUAAUACACAACAUCGUCGCGUUCAAAACGAUCGUGGAGAAGCGAGAGAGCAUCGUGAUCUUCGAGGCGGAUCCGCCCCUGCCGGAGCCCUGCACCAUCGACGGCGACGAUCAGACGGCCAACGACGAGAAUUACUUCUACGUGGAGGAGCGAUUCCAAUCGGACGUCGAGCACAUCCUGGUGGGAUGGCGCGUGCGGGAACGGAAUUCCGUGGUGCCCAUCCAGGAGAUACCGAUUUUAAGUUACUGCAUACCCGGCUUUCCGUCGGCCAUAAUCUUCUCGCGACCUGGAAUGUAUUUCACCGGUUUCCAAAAAGAGUGCCGCCCCGGCGAGCCCUUCGACGAGGUGCUGGUGCCUUACAGUAUUUUCCUGUCUAAAAUUCACAAAAACUACCCCAACGUGGAGUACAGGAACAAACCGGGCAGCAGUAAAUACGAUAGCGACGAAAGUAGCGAUUAUAUCGAUGAUGAAAGGAACGGGGCGGAAGUGGGCGCUGAUGAUGAGUUUAUUAAGGAGACACCCAAGGAUAUUACUGUCUCUCCCGAGCCAGUUAAAAAGACCGUUAGGGAGACUAAAAAACCUGCUACUCGUAGAACGCCCAGGCCCGUCACACCCGACAAACUGUCGAUGUUAGACAAAGAAGUCUUCGCUAAAGUUGAUUCUAAUAUACUCUCGGACGAGAUGGGUGAAUCUGCGAUAAAACGUUCGAAGCUCCCGGAAGUAGAACCGACUAAUAGUAGAGUGGCCGUUUAUUGGAGUUGUUCGUAA